AUGUAUCUCCCACGAAAGGAUGCCGAUCGUUCUCAGUGCAAGCUCCAGGUACAGCCUCCUGGCAACCAGUCUAGGCUAAGCGAAAGGAAGCAGAGGCACCGUGGGGGCGGCCGAGGGGCAGAACCCCCGACCUGUCCUCCAGGUGGAGAGUUGGGAGUGGGAAGGGGAGAAGUACUGAACACAGGGCUGAGGAGCCUCCGGGACCGGGUCCCCGAGCAUGGGGAGCUGGAGCCACCGAGGCCGCCCGGCCGGGCCCAGCCUGUCUGCCAGCUCCUCGGAGCCAGCUUUGCCAGGGCAGCCGCGUUGUCUCUAGCCCGGCCCCGCUUGAGGUCGUCGGCCGAAAGUCAGCAGCAUGGGUUCCGCCGCUGCCUCGCUUCCUCCGCCUCCUUCCCCUGGCCCUGCCCUCCUCCUCCUUCGUCUCUCCUCUUCCCCGAGAAAAUGGAGCUGGACUUCGGGCCUGACACAUCUGAUGGCGUCCUAAGGAGAUCUAGCAGCGCUCCCCUGAUCCAUGGGCCCAGUGACCUUUCACAGGUUUUUCAACAGUACACAUUCAGAACUUGGAGGAAUAGUACAACAAUUAUGAGCCGUCACAGCCUGUUGCUGUCAUCCUCCCCUAAUCGUAUUCCUAGGAGCAGACUGCAUCAAAUCAGGAGGGAGGAAGGCACGGAUGUGAUGAACAAAGAAGCUGCGCAUGAAAGGAAGUAAACAGCCAUGCAGAUAAGCCAAUCAUGGGAUGAGAGCUUGAGCCUGAGUGAUAGUGAUUUUGGCAAGCCGGAGAAAUUAUAUUCUCCUAAAAGGAUCGACUUCACCCCGGUUUCUCCGGCACCAUCACCCACCAGAGGAUUUGGAAAGCAAUGUUUUUCACCAUCCUUACAAAUGUUUGUGAGCAGCAGUGGGCUGCCACCAAGUCCCAUUCCUAGUCCAAGACACUUUCCCAGGAGGAGUCAGAGUCCAGUCAAGUGCAUGAGGCCCAGCGUUCUUGGUCCUCUCAAAAGAAAAGGUGAAAUGGAGACAGGAAGCCAGCCCAAGAGGCUUUUCCAAGGCACUGCCAAUAUGCUGUCUCCAGAGGCUGCACAGCUGUCUGAUCUCAGUUCAUGGAAAUUCAUUCUACAGAGCCCCCGGUCACAAAGAAUGGGAGCUUCCUGCGCUUGCUGUCCUGAUGGCACUGUGACAACACCGUUCUUCUCGGUAGCCACAGUGAUGUGUGCGGCUUCUGCACAGUGGUUACGUGUCUGUGCCGCAAGCCCCACACCCUGGCUCGGUGGUGACCAGCAUCAGGCACUAGCAUCGCCACUGGCCAAAGAGCCUGUGCUCAUGCACCAGAGAAGCGAUGCCCGUCUUUACUCCGGGAGACGCUGA